GCAGCCUGGCGGAGCCCGCGCCCAGCCACAGCCCGCGUCGGAGCCAGCGCUCGCGCCCAGCCGAGAGAGCCCAGGCAGCGCAUCCUUGGGAGAGGGUUGCCCCGGCCCCCUCCCCUCCAACCCCAGUCCCCGGAGAUCGGCCUUCGGGGCGGGGAGGCAAAGUCCCGGUGCAAGAUCGGGGGACCAGCAGCCGAGGACGCCGGGGAACCGCAGCCAACAGGUGCGGGGCUUGGGGGACCCCCGGGCUCGGGGUGGGGGACUUCAGAGGACCCUCGGCGGGAGCCAAGAGUCUCGGGAGAUAACCUGGGUGCUUGGAGGCUGGGUCCCCGGCAUGCUCUGCCCUCCUCCCGGCAGGCAGGCUCCUAAAGAAUGCUUCGCGCCCUCGCUCCCCGCACCGCAGCCCGCACAGCCCCAGAGACGCAGGGAGGUCCCGCUGAGGAAGCGGGUCCGCCGGCGCCCGCUGGGGGUGUGAAGGAGACCCCUCAUGCUCCCCGGGGGGUCUCCAGGGAUCGGCAACCCUCCUACAUACGUCCGGGGUCCUCCCUUCUCAGCCGGGGAAAGGACGGGUCUGAGCGAGCGAGGAGGGGCGGGGUGCGAGGCCGGAUUUAUGAAUGAAGAGGGCAGCCCGCACGCCGGUCCAGCGACCCCUGGCGGCCACCGGGGCGCAUCGCGGCCACGGGAUUCAAGGGGGGACUAGCGGGGGCUGGGGGCUGACGGGCCCAGCCCCUGUGCCUGGGGCUCUCCCCUCGCUUUCGGAGAGGCUGUCAGUUCCUCCCUGCACCUCUACCCACACUGUGUGCGUGCGUGUGUGCGUGUGUGUGUGUGUGUGUGUGUGUGCGUGCGUGUGUGUCCCCACCAGGGAGGGUCUGGCAGGUCUUGUGGGCAGGGCGUGGGUCUUCAAAAGCCUCCCUUGACCAGUUUUUCAACCAAAAAUUCAGGCCUGUGAACUGACUCAGGAGAGAACAUUUAAAUCAGGAUGGCUUCCCCUCUCCAAUCUGUGGUGUUUGGUGGACUCAGACAGACCUGGAAUAACAGCUUUGUGACCUUGAGCAAGGGGCUCAACCUCUCUGAGCUUCUAUCUCCCCCUCUGCAAAGCAGGGCUCUUAAUAGUGGUAACCAGCAAUGACCGUGAAGCCGGCUUCCGGUGCCAGUUUCUGGGUAAAGCACUCGGCAUUCAUUAGAGCUCAUUAUUCCUCAGCGAGGCCCUGUGAGGCCGGCUCAGUUAUUACUCCACGGGAUAGAUGGGGAAACCAAGGCUGAGAGGGGUGAGGUAAGUUACCCAACUGGUAUGAAAUUGGGAGGCAAGGCAGAUCUGUCUUUCUCCAUCGAGUUCAGGCUCUCCAUAACCCACAUGACUGUGAGAAUUAAGAGGAAGCUCAUCUGCAAGUUGCCUGGCACUCUCCCUAAUGUUCCCUUUUCCUUCCUUCAGAAGGUUUCAGGCUGGGACCACAAACACCUGAGUGCAAGACUCUGGGUCCCCUGAGGGAAGUGGGCUAAGGCCUGGCCCAGGAGCGCCCCUCCCUUGGGGGAGCCUGGGAUGUCCAUCAGCUGUAGUGGCUCCUGAGCUCAUGGAGCCCUCGGCCACCCCAGGGCCCCAGAUGGGGGUCCCCACUGACAGCGGGGAACCGUCCCCGGUGCCUCCAGACUACGAAGACGAGUUUCUCCGCUAUCUGUGGCGUGACUAUCUGUACCCGAAGCAGUACGAGUGGGUCCUCAUCGCCGCCUACGUGGCUGUGUUCCUCGUGGCCCUGGUGGGCAACACGCUGGUCUGCCUGGCCGUGUGGCGGAACCACCACAUGAGGACGGUCACCAACUACUUCAUCGUCAACCUGUCCCUGGCCGACGUUCUGGUGACGGCCAUCUGCCUGCCGGCUAGCUUGCUGGUAGACAUUACUGAAUCCUGGCUCUUCGGCCAUGCCCUCUGCAAGGUCAUCCCCUAUCUACAGGCCGUGUCUGUGUCAGUGGCAGUGCUGACUCUCAGCUUCAUCGCCCUGGACCGCUGGUAUGCUAUCUGCCACCCCCUGCUGUUCAAGAGCACUGCCCGGCGUGCCCGUGGCUCCAUCCUGGGCAUCUGGGCCGUGUCGCUGGCUGUCAUGGUGCCCCAGGCUGCUGUCAUGGAAUGCAGCAGUGUGCUGCCCGAGCUAGCCAACCGCACCCGGCUCUUCUCUGUCUGUGAUGAACGCUGGGCAGAUGAUCUCUAUCCCAGGAUCUACCACAGUUGCUUCUUCAUUGUCACCUACCUGGCCCCACUAGGCCUCAUGGCCAUGGCCUAUUUCCAGAUCUUCCGCAAGCUCUGGGGCCGCCAGAUCCCCGGCACCACGUCGGCCCUGGUGAGGAACUGGAAGAGGCCCUCAGACCAGCUGGAGGACCAGGGGCAGGGCGUGGGCGCAGAGCCCCCGCCUCGGGCCCGUGCCUUCCUGGCCGAGGUAAAGCAAAUGCGAGCUCGGAGGAAGACAGCCAAGAUGCUGAUGGUGGUGCUGCUGGUCUUUGCCCUCUGCUACCUGCCCAUCAGUGUCCUCAAUGUCCUCAAGAGGGUGUUUGGGAUGUUCCGCCAAGCCAGCGACCGAGAAGCCGUCUAUGCCUGCUUCACCUUCUCCCACUGGCUGGUGUACGCCAACAGUGCCGCCAACCCCAUCAUCUACAACUUCCUCAGUGGCAAAUUCCGGGAGCAGUUUAAGGCCGCCUUCUCCUGCUGCCUGCCUGGCCUGGGUCCCUGCGGCUCUCUGAAGGCCCCCAGCCCUCGCUCCUCUGCCAGCCACAAGUCCUUGUCCUUGCAGAGCCGGUGCUCUGUCUCCAAAGUCUCGGAGCACGUGGUGCUCACCAGUGUCACCACGGUGCUGCCCUGAGCGAGGGCCAUCCUGGUGGCAAAAGGGGGUGCAACCUAUCCCCUGCCUGGGCUGCUCCUCUGGCUACUGGGGGAGCUGCCCCCACUCCUCAUGGAAAGACUGCUGGUUGCAGUGCGAGGCCGGGGCUCCUCGCCUCGUUUUCUGCCUGUUUAGCUCUGGGCAGUGUCACUUCCCUUCUCUGAGCUGCGUCCCCUAAGCGGAUUCAUGUGAGGAUUAAGCACGCUCAAGAAAGUGGAAAGCUCUC